AUGGAGAAGGAGGAGAAGCAGGAGCUGGAGGGUGCCGCGGCGGCGGCGAGGCGGCGGCUGGUGAUCGGGGUGGGGUUCUGGGUGCAGGGCUUCCGCCUCUUCCCGUGGCUGGGCGUCAAUUUCUUCCUCAAGGACGGCAUGGGCGUCGCCGCCUCCUCGCUGCAGAUCCUCCAGGCCUCCGCCAACCUGCCCAUGGUCGCCAAGCCGCUCCUUGGCCUCCUCUCCGAUGCCGUCCCCAUACGCGGCCAUCGCCGCCUGCCCUACGUCGCCAUCGGCGCUCUCUUGCAGGCAAUUUCAUGGCUGGCAAUUGCACUUUGGCAAGAUAUCUCUCUUCAGGUUCUUACCAUUUUUCUCCUCUUGAGCAACUUUGGUGCUUCCAUAUGUGAGGUUGCCAAUGAUGCCAUUGUGGCGGAGGCUGGGAAGAUAGUGACAUCUUCCUCGGGAUCGGGUCAGCUUCAAUCGUUUGCUUGGAUGUUCGGCUCCUCUGCUGGUGCUUUAGGAAACCUCCUUGGAGGCAUUGCUCUCAGCUAUUUUUCUCCCAAAAUCAUGUUUCUGUUUUUCGCAAUCCUUCUCCUGCUCCAGUUCUUCACAACCGUGGCUAUACCUGAGAGCUCUCUCAAACUCCCAAAGGCAGCUACUGCUACCAAUCUAUCAGCACUCACCAGCAUCCGUAAGCAAGUCAAAGAGCUGUCAUGUGCCCUAUCUAUGCCUGAAAUGUUUUGGUCAAUCAUAUGGUUUACAGUGUCUUACGCCGUCAUACCUUUUCUACUUGGGACCAUGUUCUUCUAUCAGACUGAAGUGUUAAGACUAGACUCAUCAGUUAUCGGCUUAUCAAAGGUGUUUGGGCAAGUAGCUCUCUUGGCUUGGAGCAUGUCAUACAACAAGUACUUCAAAACAAUGUCCGCCCGGAAGGUCCUAUCAGUUCUGCAGUUUGUCACAGCAGUCAUAAUGUUGUCAGAUGUGUUAUUCGUUCAGGGAAUAUACAGAAAGGUUGGAAUACCAGACUCCAUAUAUACAAUUGUCUUCUCCGGGUUGCUCGAGGGUCUUAUGUUUUUCAAGGUGCUGCCCUUCAGUGUUCAUAUUGCAAAACUUUGCCCUGCUGGUUGUGAGGGAUCCGUAAUGGCCUUUGUCAUGUCCGCACUUGCUCUUGCCACUAUCGUCAGUGGCUAUCUUGGAGUUGCUCUUGCUGCCUUAAUGGGAGUAUCUGGAGAUGAUUUCUCAGCACUGCCAGCUUGCCUGUUGAUUGAGGCUGCGUGCACAAUGCUGCCACUAUGUUGCUCGUCUUUGAUCAAAGAGAGAAGAGAAAAGGAGAAGAAAGAAGAGUAG